ACAUGGCGGUGCCCGCAAACUUUGCGUGCCCAGACCGGGAAAAGUUCCAUUAUUGCUAUUCUAAAUUGAUAAAUUUCAAGUAUAGAGAUGAAGAAUCAACAAAAACGGACUUAAAUUUACUUCUGGACCAGUUAAAUUCUCUGGAAUAUUCAACGAUUAUCGUUGGAGAAAAAGAUGGGAAUAAUCUGCUGACAAAGCUGUGUUCAACAAUACCAUUGCAUGAUGAUAGACUGGUUGUCAAACUCUGUCAAAUUGCCAACAACUGGAAGAGGAAGCAGAUGUUACAUUUGACAGAUGAAUGCAUCAGGAUAGUAACAGAUUACUUUAUAAAAGCUGUAGAGAGGUGCCAAGGAUGGGCUAUACCCGAUAUACUACGAGCCCUAGCUUCUGUGCUGUAUGAAAAUGUUGACAGAGUUGAAACGUUCCAUGACAGGUUAUUAGGGAAACAUGGCAUACUUGUGCAGCUAAUCAACAAUGAAGUGACGGAUACUGACACCCUCAAGGAAGCUGUACUAUGUGUGGAAUGUCUCACUCUGAAACCAUCUGGUGUUGGGUACCUGUCACCAGAGCUUGUGGAUGUAUGUUUUGACAUAUUCUGUAUGCUGUUACACAAGAUGCCCACAACAAAUCUAGAAGCUACCUCACAGUGUAAGAUCCAGAUAAACUGUUUACGAGGGAUACAGAACAUGAUCCAGAUGACAAAAACAGUUCCGCUCAACAAACUUGGUAUUAUUCUAGCAGCCAUACGGGCGUACAUGUUUUAUGGGUUAUAUACACAGCCAUUGAUCAUACCAGACAGUUUGUACCCAUCCCCGCUCAUCAAGAUAGAUAUCCCAGUCCUCGGCAAAAUGUCUGUAACUCCCGACAAAACAGAGAAACAAGAAGAGUCAGGUCAGAAGAAAUCCAAAAGGAAAACAAAGAAAAGGGGAGAUAAGCAAGGAGGAAAGCAGAGCAGACAGCCAGAUGGUGGUUCCCAUGGUGAUGACCCUGACACUUCAGGAAAGCCAUUUGGUGCAGGUGCUGCUGCCAUCAAUAUUGAAGCAGAUUUGUCGGGCUACACUACAUGGUCUAAGAUUAGCAGCUCGGAAUCCGAAUGGUCAGAUACAGAAGGGGGUCAGGGGUCAAGGUUAAGGUCAAGCUGUACCAAGGUCAGACAGUGUGCUCUCAGCUGCUUCUAUUGGAUAAUAAAGAUGACAGAUAAGAAAGUGAUGUUUAGUUUCUGGUCCUCAUUUAUCCCAGACUCACAGACUGCCACAAACAUGGCCAGUACUCAAACUUUGUUCACUAUUAUAUUGAAGGACCCAUCACCUAAGUGUAGAAUGGGUGCCUUGGCAGCCCUGUCUGUUCUUGUAGAUGGAACUAAACUCUUGUUGACUGCCGCAGAAGACAGGGAUGAGACUAAAACUGCAACAUUUACACCAUUUUCUGUGAUACUGGGAUCAACAGUGAAAGAGAUCCACAGGUGUUUGCUACUUGCCAUGAUCUCUGAAGAAUAUCCAAUCACACUGACCCAACUUAUCAAGUGUUUUGGAACAGUUAUUGCCAAUGUACCGUACCACCGAAUGAGACCUGGUCUGUUAAGCAGAAUUGUUAAACAGGUUAAACAUUUUAUAAAUCACAGAGAUCCCAAUGUAAGAGUGGCCUGCCUGACAUGUCUAGGGUCAAUGGCUGGUAUCCAGCCACCGUUAAUGGAAGUGUGUCAUAUAAUUCAACCAUCAAAACCCCCGGUCUCCGCUGUACAACCUGUUGUCAUUGAAACUGAUUCAAGUAAUCAACAAAGAUCGAAAGACAGUGAAUCUGGUUUACAGAUUAUAAAUUCUACUGUAAGAGACUUUGAUUCAGGCUUUAGCAGCAGUCCAAAUAUUAACUCCCCUGGAGGAGCUCUUCAAGCAGGAGGUGCUACAGGAGAGUUUUCAGGGGGAACAACUCCAAAGAGAGAUACAGCUAGUUCCUCAGGUAUUCAGACACCAGUGUUUUCAGACCAGCUUCUUCAGGCUUAUUCCAAAGAGAUUUCCUGGGUUGUAAAGUUGUGUGUGAAGAAUAUAUUGCCACAGAGCACCCCGGAUACAGUGUUUGGAGCUGAAGAACCACACACUGAACCAAUACCUGUACGUCUGGAAUCUCUCCAGGUCCUGGCAAACUUAACAAAAGGAUACUUUCCAAUUAUAAGAAAUUGUGUUCCACUGUUACAAGAACUUGUACAUAAAUGUUUCUGUGAUAAAGAUCCUGUGAUAAAACUUCAUACAGCAAAGCUUCUAGAUGAAUUUACUCAAGUUUUACUUCAAGAUGUGAUAAAUACGGAGUCUAUGACACAAACAACGGACACGCUGGAUAAACAACAGGUAUGUUACUUCUAUAGAAGUUGUGUCAUUAUUCAGAAAACAUCAUGGAUUAUUGGAUUACAAACCAAUUUGACGUGUUAG